CCCCGGGAACAAAACCUGCCACCAGGUUCUUGUCUCAGUGCUGCCCUCUCGGCAUCCUGGCAGCGUCAGCUUGUGGCAGAAGAGAUGGAGAGGAAAGGAGAGAAAGGAGGACGGGAGGCCUUCAGGAGUGAUGGGUGGAGACACGUACACACACCCAAAGGAAGGAUGAAUCCACGUACGUACAAAGGAAGGACGAAACACACACACACACACACACACACACACACACACACACGAACGAAACGCCAGCGGUUCCUGCCCGGGAUCCCCGAAGCCGAGGGGAGGGGGAAACGGGAGAGGUCUCUAGGGUUUUUUCCCUCUCCCCUCCCCCCAACCCUGUCCCGUAAGGCUGGCGUAUACAGAAGCUGACCAAUGGGUGUUAGGGGCGGAGCCAGAGCUAGGAGUGGACUGGUUGGAAGCUGCGUGGCGAUUCUGACCAAUUACGUAGAGGGGAGUGUCCCGGAGUAAGCCAAUGAGAGUCGGGUGCCUUCGACACGGAUCGAUGACGCGAAAGUGACGGUACGGAAACCGGGCUCUCUACUCUAGGGUACCAUGCUCCGCCGGACGCUGCAACUGGGGUUCUCCCGAGGAUUGCUGAGCCGGGGCCUGCGCACGCGCAAUAGAGGCCCCUUCAAUGACAAAGAUGGCAAAUGGGCAGAGUUUAAGAAGAAACUUCAGGUAUCCUGGCCUGGAGGAUCCUGGGAGCCUUUUACUGACACAAAUCACCUGCCCCCAGAACAUGCAGACGUGGUGAUUGUAGGGGGUGGUGUGAUGGGUUGGUCUGUGGCCUAUUGGCUGAAGCGGCUGGAAGCACGGAAAAAUGCCAUGCGGGUACUGGUGGUGGAACGGGACCCUACGUACUCAAGGGCCUCCACCGGGCUUUCCAUAGGAGGUAUUCGGCAGCAGUUCUCCAUUCCUCAAAACAUCCAGCUAUCUCUCUUCUCCAGUGGAUUCCUCCGUAACAUCAAUGAAUACCUCACUGUUCCUGAUGAGCCUCCUCUAGAUAUCCAGUUCAAUCCCUCAGGUUACCUUCUGCUGGCUUCAGAAGAAAAUGCCUCAGUGAUGGAACACAAUGUAAAAGUGCAGAGGCAAGAAGGAGCCAAAGUUUGUCUGCUGUCCCCUGAACAACUUAAAAACAAAUUUCCCUGGAUCAACACAGAGGGUAUAGCCUUGGCAUCUUAUGGGCUGGAAAAUGAGGGUUGGUUUGAUCCAUGGUGCCUGCUUCAGGGACUUCGCCGAAAGGCUCUGUCUAUGGGGGUCUAUCACAGCCAUGGGGAGGUCAUAGGCUUAGUCUCUUCAGUAAGACCCAUGGUGACUGCCAGAGGGGAACAAGUAAACCUCAAAAGGAUUUAUGAGGUCCAUGUGAAGAUGAACAACAGCCUGGAGUACCAACCUGUGGAGUGUGCUAUAGUGAUCAAUGCUGCUGGGGCUUGGUCUGGACAGGUAGCAGAGCUGGCUGGUAUUGGCACUGGGGCCCCAGGCACUUUGCAAGGCAUCAGGCUUCCUGUGGAACCAAGAAAAAGGUAUGUGUAUGUCUGGCAUUGCCCACAAGGGCCUGGCUUGGAGGCCCCAUUGGUUACAGACAUCAGUGGAGCCUAUUUCAGACGAGAAGGACUAGGUGGCUAUUACUUAGGUGGCUGUAGCCCUACAGAGGAAGAGGAACCAGAUACUCAAGAUCUAGAAGUAGAUCAAGACUUCUUUCAGGAAAAGGUGUGGCCCCAUCUGGCCCAGAGGAUUCCAGCUUUCAAUUCCCUGAAGGUACGGAGCGCCUGGGCUGGCUACUACGAUUACAACACGUUUGACCAAAAUGGCAUAGUGGGCCCCCACCCACUGGUCUCUAACAUGUACUUUGCCACAGGCUUCAGUGGCCAUGGGCUACAACAGGCCCCUGCUGUGGGCCGGGCUGUGGCAGAAAUAUUGCUGUACGGAAAUUUCAACACUAUUGACCUGAACCCAUUUUCCUUCAACCGAUUCUACCUAGGGGAAAAGGUUCUGGAGUGCAAUAUCAUCUAAGCUUGUCCGUCUACCCCUUUGUCUGUAAGGAAGUAGCUACUGAGAGUGAAGUUCUGAGAACAUCACAGACCAGCAUACAAGGCUUCUGUAAUACCCAAGCCCCCUGCACCACUGCCUCUGAGCUGUGCUGCCCAAGCCCUGGAAGGACACAGACAAUUCGGGCUGGUUCCUGGGAUUGUUUCCUUAUCUUAUCACUACAGGAAAUCAGACUGGUCAUGGUGUAUCCAGAGAGCUGAAGGCCCAGUGCCAGCUCUUCACUUGGCACCUGUCCCAAGAGUUUGGCAUUCUGGGACAACCUGAACCUAUUGACUUAUUCUUUUACUCUGUUCAUCAAUCAAUAAACCCAGUUAGGGGCAGCUAGGUGGCGCAGUGGAUAAAGCACCAGCCCUGGAUUCAAGAGGACCUGAGUUCAAAACCGACCUCAGACACUUGACACUUACUAGCUGUGUGACCCUGGGAAAGUCACUUAACCCUCAUUGCCCUGAAAAAGAAAAAAGAAAAAAAGAAUAAACCCAGUUAACCCCUUCUCUACCAACACACUGAACCCUCUUCUUUAAAGCCAAGGGCAGGUGCCUUUGAUAACCACUAACUAUACCUGACAUUUCAGGACAUGGAGAACUGGGCAUCUCCUUAAGAAUAUCCUGUGUUGGGGCAGCUAGGUGGCACAAUGGAUAGAGUACCAGCCCUGGAGUCAGGAGUACCUGAGUUCAAAUCCGGCCUCAGACACUUCACACUAGCUGUGUGACCCUGGGCAAGUCACUUAAGCCCAAUUGCCUCACUAAAAAAAGAAAAAAAAAAAGAAUAUCCUGUGUCAUAGUUACUGACUCCUGAUUCAGUCAUCAUUGCUAUGGCUGCUAGCCAGGAACCCAUGAUCCUCAGUAAACAGGGUGAGGGUAGCAGGCAAGGAGGAACUGGAGAGGAAGAAUGGGUUAAAUUUUCCACCAACACUAUCUGUUGACCAUACCCCAAUAUUCACAGGUGAAUUACUUUUUGAUAAAAAGCCCCAAUUGUAAAGCCCAAUUUUUAUCUAGUGAAUAUUUGGUAAGUUUUUGUCCAGUAAAAGUUGUCAUAUAAGAAACA